GAGAUUAACCAUGUUUGAAUGUAAUCUAGGAAAAAUGAAUGAUCUAAAUCGUCCAAGUCCAUUAAUUGAACAAACUAGUUGUGAUGAAAAUAGUUAUACAACAAGUAAUAAUAAUAAUAAUAAUAAUAAUAAUAAUAAUGAUAUUAACAAAAAAUAUCGACGUCAAUCAGAACCAAUUAAAUCAUUGAAUUAUUAUUAUUAUCAUCCAUAUUCUUAUUCUAAAAAUGAUCCAUUCAAAACUAUUGAACAGAUUCAACAAAGUUUAAAACAAUUAAAUGAGGGAAAAUUGAAUUCAAAUAAAACAAGUCCAACUACUACUAAUACUACUACUACUACUACUAAUAAUAAUAAUAAUAGUAGUAGUAGUAGUAAGAAAUCAAAAUCUCUCAUAUUUAAUAUUGAUAAUAAUAGUGAUAAUUGUAAUAGUAAUGGUGAUAGUAAUGAUAGUACAAAAAGUAUUUUAUAUGAUGAAAUCGAUGAAAAGAAUAUAUUUCAUGAAAUUCAAGCUAUGGAACAAAGACAAAAUAUACCGAUGCAACAAUUAAAAGAAUUAUUAUUAUCAUCC